AGUCAGAGUAUAAGUUGCUGAGCUCGCCAGCCUGCUGGAGAGCCACCACGAUGCUCCAGAGGCAGAUGCCCGCCUGGAUCUCACACAACCUGCCGGACCCAUGCCAAGCAGAAGAUGGCAGGCCCUGGACCACCUGUGCAUCGAAGGAGGGGCUGUCUCCGUGCCACCUGUUGACAGUGAGGGUCAUCCGGAUGAAAAACGUGCGGCAGGCCGAUGUAGUGAGCCAGACUGACUGCUAUGUGAGCCUCUGGCUUCCCACUGCCUCUCACGAGAAGCUGCGGACCAGGACCAUCUCCAACUGCCCAAACCCAGAGUGGAAUGAAGCCUUCAACUUCCAGAUCCAGAGCCAAGUCAAGAAUGUGCUAGAGCUGAACGUCUGCGAUGAAGACAGGGUGACACCGGAUGACCAUCUCUUGACAGUUCUCUAUGACCUUGGCAAGCUCUGCUUCAGGAAGAAAACCCACGUGAAGUUCCCACUCAACCCAGAGGGCAUGGAAGAGCUGGAGGUGGAGUUCUUGCUGGAGGAGAUUCCCUCUCCACCUGAGACUCUCAUCACCAAUGGCGUGCUGGUGUCUCGGCAAGUCUCCUGCCUGGAGGUCCACGCGGAGUCCAGGAGGCGGAGGAAGAGAAAGAAAAUGAAGGACCUCUGGGUGAUGGUGAGCGAAUCCUUUGAGAACACCCAGCGCAUCUCACCCUGCCGGGAGCCCUGCUGCCCGAACCCUGCCUGCUUCCACUACCCCAAGUACUUCCAGCCCCAGUUGCAUGUGGAGGUGCCCAAGAGUCACUGGAGCUGUGCGCUCUGCUGCUGCAGCACGCGCAACAACGGCCCCGUGUGCCAGCCCCUCGACUGCCUUUGCGACGGCCAGGCGGUGACCCUACCCGUGGGUGAGAAUUAUGAGUUACACAUGAAGACUACGCCCUGCCCCGAGACCUUGGACGUGAGGCUGGGCUUCAGCUUGUGCCCAGAGGAGCAGGAGUUCGUGCAGAAGCGGAAGGUGGUGGUGGCCGAGGCGCUGAGGCACGUGCUGCAGCUGGAGGAGGACCUGCAGGCGGAUGAGGUACCGCUGAUAGCCAUCAUGGCCACUGGGGGCGGAGCAAGAUCCAUGACCUCCAUGUACGGCCACCUGCUGGGGCUGCAGAAGCUAAACCUCCUGAACUGUGCCACCUACAUCACCGGCCUGUCAGGGGCCACCUGGACCAUGGCUACCUUGUACCGUGACCCUGAGUGGUCCUCCAAAAACCUGGAGACUGCCAUCUUCGAGGCCCGGAGACACGUGGUCAAAGACAAGAUGCCCUCCCUGUUCCCGGAGCAGCUCUUCAAAUUCCGGGAGGAGCUCCGGCAGCGGAGCCAGCAGGGCUACAAGGUCACCUUCACAGACUUCUGGGGCCUGCUGGUGGAGUCGUGUCUGGGGGACGAGAAAAAUGAGUGCAAACUGUCAGAGCAGCGUGCUGCUUUGUGCCGGGGCCAGAACCCCCUGCCCAUCUACCUCACCAUUAAUGUCAAGGACGAUGUAAGCAACCAGGACUUCCGAGAGUGGUGCGAGUUCUCCCCCUACGAGGUGGGCCUGCAGAAGUACGGCGCCUACGUUCCCAGCGAGCUCUUCGGCUCCAAGUUCUUCAUGGGACGGCUGAUGAAGAGGCUCCCCGAGUCCCCGAUGUGCUACAUGCUAGGUCUGUGGAGCAGCAUCUUCUCCCUGAACCUGCUUGACGCCUGGAAUCUGUCCCACACCUCGGAGGAGUUUUUCCACAAGUGGACAAGGAGGACAGUGCAGGACAUCGAGGAUGAGCCGCUCCUGCCUGACAUCCCCAAAUGUGACCCCCACGUGCUGGAGACUGCGGUGGUGGUCCCGGGGUCGUGGCUGUCCAACACUUUCCGAGACAUCCUCACCUAUCGGGCCUUCGUGUCUGAGUUCAACAACUUCCUGUAUGGCCUGCAGCUGCACACCAGCUACCUCCAAAACGAGGAGUUCUCCAAGUGGAAAGACACCGUGCUGGACGGUUUCCCAAACCAGCUGACGACAUCUGCAAAUCACCUGUGCCUCCUGGACACCGCGUUCUUCGUCAACUCCAGCUACCCGCCCCUGCUCAGGCCCGAGAGAAAAGCCGACCUCAUCAUCCACCUCAACUACUGCGCCGGCUCCCAGACAAAGCCCCUGAGACAAACCUGUGAGUACUGCAGCACGCAGGGCAUCCCCUUCCCCAGCUACGAGAUUCAAGAGGCUGACGACGGGCUCAAGGAGUGCUACCUGCUGGAGAGCCCCCAGGACACCGACGCCCCCACCGUGGUCUUCUUUCCGCUCAUCAACGACACCUUCCAGAAGUACAAGGCGCCAGGUGUGGAGCGGAGCCCGGAGGAGCUGGAGCUGGGCCAGGUCGACAUCUACGGCCCCAACACGCCCUACGCCACCAAGGAGCUGACCUACACGGAGGAGGCCUUUGACAAGCUGGUGAAGCUCUCUGAAUACAACAUCCUGAACAACCAGGACCAGCUCCUGCAGGCGCUGCGGCUGGCGGUGCAGAAGAAGAGGCGGCUGAAGGGCCGGUGUCCCUGCUAAGCCCCGCGGGCUGGCCGCCCACGCAGCCACCCCUGGCAAAGGGUGCAGCAGGCUGGCCUGGGCCAUCUACCAAAAACUUAGGAGACAGAGAGAAAGAAGCCGACGAGGAGCCGCGUGGUUUUACACUCACUGGGAUUUCCCUCAGCGCCCGCUCGCGGGGACGUCGCCUCACGUUGUGUCAAGCACAGGGUCCGAAAGCCGAGCUGAGACACGGGGAUGCAAGGGCGGAGCUCGUGUCCCCACCUCCCAUCCGGGGCCUCCAGUGGCGGCCCAGGGAAAGUGCAGGAGGUCUGACAGGCACUCCGGUUUCUCCAGAAAAGCGCUUUUCCAAUUCUGAGUCCAUUGUGCCCCUACGAUUUUCCUAGGCAGUUAUGUUCUCUGAUUCAGGGUAUCACAGGGAAACACGUGCAGGGAGAUCCAGGUGUAGCACCAGCGUCCCCCGGGCUCUGCCACACGGGUGACCAGCAUCAGCGGCACUCAGAGCCCCAGGGCUGGCGGCUCACGCGGCCCCUCCCGGCAGCCACGGCCAGGCUGCGGCUCCAGCGAAACGCAAGGCAGAGCUCACAGACCAGGGCCCGGGCUGCAGGCAGGGAGGGCUGGGAGAAGGAGCCAGGCGCCAGGUUGGGGGAGCCCGGGGGCUCUCUCAGCACCCUGUCUCUGGUUUCCGGAAGGGACUGUUUAUUUCUAAACGGGACCCCAGCUCUUGGAGAGCCCCUCAGACAGUGAAAGCAGGAAGCAGCAGCACAGAGGCCGAGGACAGCCCCGCAACAAAGGAGCUGAUGCUGGCCACCGGUUUUCCAGGCCGUGCGCGGGGCAGCCCGGCAGUGCCAGCAGGUCUCCCUCCCAGCUGGGGACUUGCGGAAUUGUUCAUCCAGAUGUCCCAGUUGCCAGUGAAGCCAGAAAGGCAGAAAGGCACAUGACCCUCUUGAGCUCAGCCAGCUGUGUUUCGGGGUCACCAGGCCCCCUAAGCAGCCCUCCGCUUGUUAGGAGGCAAACAGCGAUGAGUCUGAAAGUUGGGCGAAAUCGGCUUCCAACUACGUCCUGGCCGCGCUGGCUGGGGGCGGGGGACUGGCCACACCCACGCCAGGUCUGCACCCCUCUCCCCACCCACCCCAGCCCAGGUGACUCCUGUACUCACGGGUGAAUCGGCUUCCUGGAGCCACCCAUCACUGGGCUUCUUCGGUCCCCACCAGCCAGCGCUAACCUGGGUGUCACCUGUCCUGUCCCCAAGUGCAGCCAGCAGCCUCGGCCUUCGUUUUACUUUCUAACAACGCGAGCUCUCCUGCAAUUACCCGCGAGAGAGCCCAGCAGCAGGAGCUGGGGCCCCUCAGUCACGCAAAGUGCAGCUUAGAAAAGCAGCGGAUCCUCGGAGCCCAGAAUAAAGUGGCCACGUGGUAA